GCAACAGGUUGCUCUGGCAGCCAGGAGGAGCAGGAGGCAACGAUAUUCCCCAGCUGCUCGUCUUCCCGCAACGCUUCAGCAUAUUUCCGGCCAGGCUACCUGUGCACCAGCUAGGAAGUGGACAUGAGCACCCUAUCCGCCAACAGGAAGCCCCUCGUGGACUACGGGGUUCAGAUCCGCUUCAUCAAGGACCUCCACAACACGGGUGGGGCAGCACCAGACAAGCCCAGAGGAAGUAAUGCCACCUCACCCCAUCCCGCUAGCAAAUACGGGGUGGCAGUGCGUGUUCAGGGGAUCUCCGGGCAGCCGUACGUGGUGCUGAAUGACGGUGCCAAGGGCGACUCAUAUGGCGUUCAGCUUAACACACCGGCUACCAGCCCCGCGCCCCCCUCAUCACCAUAUAAGAGCACUCCCAAAACCAACGGCACAGCGGAGUUCACCAACCCUCACAGCGUUGGUGUGAGUAACGCACACUCCCCUGAGGACGAGGACGGGGAAAUCUACCAGAGCCCCCUGAGAAGACCUCCAGGGGACGGUCAGGCGGGGAGUCAUGGUGAGGAGGAGGCGAGGACUGCGGAACCCCAAGUCAAAGCAGCUGCAAGUGAUGUACAGGAAGAGCAAGAUUGUACCAGUCAAGAAGAGUACAAUGAAGCCGGGUUGAAACCAGUCAAGGUGAACGGUGCCGGACCCAGGGGCUUCAAACAAAACAGUUUCACAGGGACCCCUUCAAAAUAUGACAACAAGCAGGUUCCAGAAUCUCCUACGGAGUCCUCUGUGUUGACAGACGAGAAACCGAUUGACACCAACUCCCUCGCUCCGAUCAACAAGCUCAUCAGUAAAUUCAACAAUAGGACCCCAGGUGGCUCCCCACAGACCAGGGGCCGAAGCGGCGCGAGACAACAGCUCAGGUUUGAAGAACGCAAGCGCUCCAAAAGCUUGGACGCGCGGAAGGAGACAUCCAGCCCCUCGUUGCCUGCGCCGACCUUCAAUCCCUACGCUUCCCCUCUGUCCGCCGACUUGUCAAAUCGCGUACCGCAGACGAGCUUUGCAUCGCAGGCGAAGUAUGCCGCCAAGGAGACAUCUCCAGUCAUAGCCAAAAAGCCUGCGGUACCGCCGAGGAUGCUAAAAGUCAAUGGUGGUGGGGAGAAGGCUCAAGCCAAGCAAGCUAUUUACAAUGUUCCCAAAGAAGGCACCAGUGAGAAUGACGUAUCCCACGAAAGUAAAACCAACCUUGUGUAUGAGACCACCAGCAGUUUAAAGAGGGAUGGAAACCAGAAGAAAUUUAACCUCGUGGAGCUCGAGGAGGAACUCGCUUACUGCAAGAAGCAACUGCAGCAAGCCCAUGAAGAGUUGGCUGAGGAGCGCAUCAGUCGAGAGAUGGCAGAGUCUCGCCUGCGUCGACAAGAAGAUCACCUGGCCGAGCUCCAGGAGGAGCUCAGGGGGGUCUCAGAAACGGCGCCCCACCCCGACUCGCUGAGGACGGACAUGGCCAGCCUACAGGCGGAGCUGGCCGAGACGUCGGCGCGGCGUCAGCGGCAGGACGAAAUUCUGCGGCAGCGGGAUCGCGAGCUGACGGCCCUGAAGGGGGCGCUCAAGGAGGAGGUGGAGUGUCACGACCGCGAGAUGGAGACGCUCAGAGAACAGUACGCACUCGACAUGACCAACCUCAGGAAGACCAUGGAGCAGCUGACACAGUCGCAGGAGCAGAUCGAGGAGGAGCGCGAGCGCGUCAACGCGUCGCUGGUGAGCCUGGAGGAGGAGCUGGACAGCUGCAGGGAUCAGGGAGACCACUGGAAGUCGCAGCUCCACGGCACCUCGCAUGAGCUGCAACAAGCGCAACAAAACAGGACGAGGGGACACUCCAGCAGUCACAUGCUUCUGAAGUGUCUUUCGGAAAAGGAGGAGUUUGAGAGCAAGCUGAAGGAAGUCCAGGACUCGCUACUCGCCGUGCAGAAGCAGCACUCGCCCUCUUCGGCGGAGGAGCUUCAGCGUUGCCAUGACGAUCUGCGCCAGGCCCGUCUGGCGGCAGACGAGCAGAAGGACGCCCUCCGCGACAAGAGCGAGGCCCUCGAAGCCCUGAGGAGAGAGAGCGACGAGCGCGAGGCUAAGCUCCUGGCGCAGAUCGGCGACAUCAAGGCGCAGAAGGCUCAGCUGGAAAAGGUCCUGCAGAAAGCCAACGAGGCAUCUUCUUCUGUGGUGGAUCACAGCACCAACAUGGAGUUCCAGGAAACAAACACUCGCCUCAGAGAGAGGAUCGCCCGCAUGAGGCUGCAGUCCAGCGCAGCCAGAAGCCCCGAGUCCGAGGAGGCGACGGAGGCCCUGGAGGAUGAGAACCGCUCCCUCAAAUCCCGGCUGGAGGAGGCCAAGCGAGGGGCGUCGCGUCUGGCCAAGGAGAGGGACGAGCUGAGCCGCCGUCUGGAAGAGAGGGACCUGGAGCGGGAGGCCCUGCGGCGGGGCAAAGGCGACCUGGAGGAGCAGAAGAGGCUUUUGGACCGAGCGCUGGAGAAGAUGAACAAAGAGAUGGAGGUGGUGAUGGGCGACUCCCGUCAGUCGGUGGCCGCCCUGCAGACGCAGCUGGACGAGUGCAGGGAGCGCUCCAGGAAGGACUUGUUGGAGGCCCAACGCAACAACAAGGACAGGAUGGCCGAGCUGCAGAGGGCCCAGAGCAACCUCAAGACGCAACAGGAGGAGGUGUCACGGCUGAAGAAGGAGCUGCUGGGCUGCAGCGAGGAGCGAGACAGCGCUCAGCUGGAGCGAGACCUCCUCAGCAACCGCCUCAAGCAUUUGGAGAGCGAGCUGGAGUCGCAGAAGGGAACGCAUACGGACCGCACCCGCGAGAUCAGGGGCCUGGAGGAUAAAAUCAAGACCCUGGAGAUCGAGCUGGACGAGGAGAGGAGCAGCGUGGAACUUUUGAAUGAUCGCAUCACACGCAGUAGAGAUCAGGUGGACCAGCUUCGCUCCGAGCUGAUGCAGGAGCGCUCGGCUCGACACGAUCUGGAGAUGGACAAGAGUGCUAUCGAGAGACAGGUGAAGGAGCUGAAGUCGCGCGUGGCCGACAUGGAGGGACAGACGCGACCCUCGGCCGGCAUUGCCGUGCUGGAAAGCAAAAUUCAGGAGCUGGAGGAGAGGCUGCGCAGUGAAGAACGAGAGAAGAGCAGCAUCCAGGCCUCCCAGAGACGAACGGAGAGGAAGCUGAAGGAGGUCAACGCCACGCUGGACCAGGAGAGGAUCCAGCAUGUCGAACAAAAGGAUCAACUGACCCUGCGCGUGAAGGCUCUGAAGCGGCAGGUAGACGAGAGCGAGGGGGAGGUGGAGCGUCUGGAGGGCGUGCGCAGGAAGGUGCUGAGGGAUCUGGAGGAGCAGCAGGAGCUCCAGGAGGCGCUGCAGGCCAAAGUCACGGCACUGGAAUCAGAAAUCAAGCGCAAGGCGCAGCACUCCCAUCGCAGCACUUUGGCCACGCUGAGCUCCGAGGACGACGACGCUUUCUACGACAUCAACAUCGCCGCCAUCCUGAACGAGAGCCACCACCAAGGCUCCAACGGCUAAUAACGGACCAAGGGAAAAGGCUCACUGCUUUUAUUUUUAGUCGGGCAGCGCAGAGGUUGCCCGGGUAAUGAGGUAGCAUUCAGCUGCAACCACCUCACUUCUUUCCUUUUUUUUUGUUUGGUGAGACUUUUCACAAAUGGUCUCGGUGCUGUUGCUGCAGUGUGUUAAUGCGUGACAUCUCUGUGUUAAAUUCCUGAUAUUUUUCUCAUAAUGUCGGGACUUUUUUACUCAUGAAAUUACAACUUUUUUUUCUUGUGAAAUCCUGCCAUUUUCCUCGGAUUAUUCGCCAUUUCUCCCACAAAAAAGAAGUAAAAAAUAUUUUUUUUCGGAGUGCUAUUUUUUUUUCUUGCAACUUUGUCUUUAUUGUCCUUAAAUUACGACUUCUAUUUCUAUUCUCCUAAAAUUCUGGCUUUUUUUCUCGCAAAUAAA